AUGACAACUGAACUCGUGCAAAUUCCAGCGUGGACUCCGCCUGCGGAGACCAAAAAGGAGGACCUUGACUGGGCGCCACUGCAUACUCUCGACCUGUCUAAAAUCCAAGGCGAAGAUUUUGACCAGGUGCCCCAGGAUGUUGUGGAGCAAGUCGGCGAGGCGUUUUCCAAGGACGGGUUCAUGUACGCCGUGAACCACGGCCUUACCCACGAACAGGUCCUGCGUCAGUUUGCGAUUGGCCAGUAUGCAUUCAACAAUGUUUCGGAAGAGGAGAAAAAGCGCUGUGUUGCGGAUAUGGUCAAUGCAGGAAGUUUUGUCGGGUACAAGCCGAUGGGCCACUGGCAGCUGCAGGGGGUCAAGGAUCGGAUUGAGCAGUUAAACUUUGGCUCGCAGACGUUUACCCCUGCCAAGCGCGAGCGUUUUCCAGUGCAGAUGCAGUCACUGAUGGACGAGAUUCACGAAUUUGCGCGUUACAACCAUGACGUGAUUUUGCGCAAAGUCCUUGCGGUGCUUUCUUUGGUGCUCAAGCUACCUGUGCAAACUUUGUGGAACCUCUCUGCGGAUCACGAGAAAGGCCUUGAUCUUUUGCGCUAUGCGCUGUAUCGCACCCCGCCGAAAGAGGACGACACGACGCUCAAUGGUGUGCGGCUCCAGGGCCACACCGACUUUAAUUCGGUUUCGAUCCUUUGGUCCCAGCCGAUCACUUCGCUUGAGGUGCUCAUGCCUGAUGAUGUUUGGCGCACCGUGCGCUACCGGCCAAACGCGAUUGUGCUGAACAUGGGCGAUGCCAUUCACUUUCUCUCUGGCGGUUUCCUCAAGCCGACGAUUCACCGUGUUGUUGCGCCGCCGGAAGAUCAGGCACACUACGACCGGCUCGGGUUGUUUUACUUUGCGCUGUUUAACGACGAUGUCGAGCUCAAGCCGCUGACUGACUCGCCGGUAGUGCGCAAGGCGCACGAGUCGCGUAACUUUUGGGACGAAUGUAAGCGCAAUGGCCUGCCAAUCCCGACUGCGGGCGAGUGGGAGCGCAUGCGUGUGCGUGCCUAUGGGCAGGGAGGCCAAAAGAAAGGUUCCGAUGGCCACGAUCACGUAAAGAUUGCUGGUGUCGAUGUGACAUUGUACAACGAUACUAAGAACUCGAACAAGCGUGCCCACAUCAACAGCUCCCAGCCGAUUACAGUAUAA